UCCCCACGUCCUGUCGUCUCUCCAGCCAUUCGGCCCGUCAUCGCCUCCAGUCGUGUUUUCGCGUUUUUUUCAGUCGGUACUCGACCGUUUUCUCAGCGUCGGAUGACGGCCGCGCCCCCGUCCCGUCUCGCUUUGCCACCGUGUCGCGAUCCCGACAACGACCAAACCACCUGUGGAUUUUUUAGCCGGAUUCUCACCAUUCGGAAACCAUGGAUACCGUUUACAUAGAUGAACGGGAAGAUGUCCAGAAGAAAACCUUUGCAAAAUGGAUCAAUUCACAACUGGCCAAGAAAAAGUGCAGUCCGAUUUCUGAUCUGGUCGUCGAUCUUCAGGAUGGGACUAAUCUUCUAACUCUAUUAGAAAUACUCACUGGAAAUGAGUUUAAAAGAGAAAGGGGACAAAUGCGAGUACAUCACUUGAACAAUGUCAACAGGGCUUUACAAAUUCUUGUAAAAAACAAUGUAAAACUAGUAAAUAUAAGUAGUAAUGAUAUUGUCGAUGGGAAUACAAAAUUAAUACUCGGACUUGUAUGGAGCAUUAUAAUGCACUGGCAGGUCCACUGGACGAUAAAGGAACAUAUGUCAGACCUGGAACAGACCAAUUUGGAGAAAACUUUGUUGAAUUGGUGCAAACAGAACACAAUGAAAUAUGGAGUUACAGUAAAUAAUUUUACAACAAGCUGGUCUGAUGGUUGUGCAUUUAAUGCUCUUAUCCAUAAUUACCGACCUGAAUUAUUUGACUAUCCGAGCAUCAUGAGAAAAUUGCCAAAUGCCAGACUUGAGCAUGCUUUCAGUAUCGCCCAGGAACAUUUGAAUAUUGAAAGAUUACUCGAUGUUGAAGACGUCAAUACUGCCGUGCCUGACAAGAAAUCUGUGAUGAUGUACGUGAUGUGUCUGUUUCAAUCUCUUCCGCAGUCUUCGCUGCAGAGGAACAACAUGUCCGAGUUGUCUCAGACGGAGUGUGAAAGCAGUUCGAGCGGACGUCCGCUAAGUGUUGCGACAAAUGUCUCAGUCGAGCUUGGCGGGUACCAGGUGGCUCUGGAAGAAGUGCUAACCUGGCUUUUAGAAGCAGAAGACAAACUUCUUGUUGAACAACCAUUGGCCAACAAUCUUGAGCAGAUUAAAGUUCAGUUUAGCAAUCACGAGGCUUUUAUAAGCGAAUUGUACAAGCACAGAGAUGGUGUUAGUGCCGUUUUGAAAGAAGGCGUGAGGAUGUUAGGUGAAGGAGGUCUUACGAGAGAAGAGGAAGAAGAAGUAAGGGUUCAGAUGAGGCUGCUCAAUUCAAGAUGGGAAACUCUCAGGCUGAACGCCAUACAAAAACAAUCAAGGAUAUACGAGGCGGUCAUGACCCUGCAAGACAUGGAAAUCGAAUCACUUAAACAGUGGAUGACACAGAUCGAAGACAGGAUUUCAAAAAUGGCAGAAGUUAAUACAGACUUGUCCAGCUCGUUGAAGCAGCAGCUUCAUUCCCACAAUCAACUGCUGAAAGACAUUGAAGAAAAACAAGCAGUCGUUGACACUUUAUCACAAUUUGUUAUUAUCAUUGAUGACAACACUGCUGAAACGCAAUCUCAGAUUGAAGACCAACUGUCCGCUCUGGCUGAAAGGUGGUCGCACAUUCUCCAGUGGGCUCAAGAAAGGGGCUCGAAACUUCAGACGUUUAUCGAUAAAGUUUCAGAGAUUGAACAGAGCCUGACAACUCUGGAGAACGCCAUCAGCGAGCACGAGAGGAGGUUGAAAAUCAUGGAAGUUCAGCCUACCUCCCGGAUGGGCGAAACUUUGGAAAGGAUCAAAGAGCUUCAGCAAGUACAACAUUGUUUGGACAACUAUCACAUAACGACGAAUCAAAUCGAGAACGAGCUUCAAGAGAUUAGCAAAGAAUUUGGCGAACAAUCAAUCAAUGAAUAUCUCAGCAGGUGCGAGACCAUCACAGAUAGAUGCGAAGCUGUUCAGUUAAUGAUGGACAUCCAAGCAAACAGGAUAAAUAAUGUCGGUUUUGAGCUAAGGCCGGUUAUAUCAGACAAACCGUCUACCAUUUCAACCACAAGGGCUUGGCAGAUACCAAACGAAAUGAUACCGGAAUUACAGGAGCAUUGGUCUCAUAUCGGCAGCGUUGAACAGUACGUUUCCGAUUUGUGCAGCAAUAAAAUUGAAUCAUUACAAUCAGGCAAAGAAAUGCUGAACCUGUUGAGAAGUAAGGAGCAGGAAAUGAUCAAGUUGAAUGAACUUAUAAGUGAAAUAUCGUCGAAAAUGCCUUGUGAAGAGACAAAUUCGUUGAAAGAAAAAUGUUACAAACUCGCCUCAACAAUUAGUGAGAUAGUGACAAGGGUUGAAACAGAAGAAAAGUAUCUAUCAGCCGGUAAUGACAAUAAUCACAUGGACCUCGAGACAUCCCUGAUGAGAGAAACCGUGGAUGAAAGUGUUGAGGAUGCAGUUGAGAGAACGUUGAGCAAAGAAGAAGAGGACCAAAUAUCAAAGGUUUUGUCUCAAAUAAAAGAAGUCAAAGAAUGGCUAAUCGAUGUCAAUUUGAAAUGCCACCACGGCCAGUUGGAAGUUAAAGAUUCAAGCGAGCUUUUCAAACUUAAAGAAAAGUACCAACAUUUAAAAGAUGACAUCGACAAAAGGAGCCACGAGUUCAGACAUUUAUACAACAAUGGUACUGAAUUGGUCAAUGAGCUUGUAAACCACUCAAAAGCUCAUCCUUUGUACGAAGAACUUGAAACUCUAAGCCAAUUGUGGAUGUCUAUUACAACGGUUGUUGUCCAGCACCAUAAUUUACUACAAGACGCAUCGUAUAAAUACGGAGAAUUCCGAGCACUUGUGGCGAAGGAAACAGUUUAUUUGGACAAGCUUGAAAAACGGCUUAGAAAAUCCCCUACGUCAGCUGCCGAUGCAGAAGAAAUUUCACAAGAUUUAGAUGAUUUAGAAAAUUACAUAAACAACCAUUCUGAAGGUAGAAUAAUACAGCUUGAAGAAUUCGGCAAACAUUUAGUUGAUGUGCACGUCAUGAAAGAUAAUAUUAACGAAGAGAUGAACGCUGUAGCUGCAAGGUGGCAUCAAUUAUGCCAAGAGGCUAAAGAUAGAGCGCAUAUUCUUGAAAUAUCAGUCGAAGAGGCGAAACAGUCCGAGACGAAUAUAGUCCAGUUUCAAGAAUGGCUCGAUCACGUUACGGCUCAGAUCAACUCGCGUAUCGACAACGACCUCACAUCCGACGAUCUUCCGGAUGAUGUUCAAAGAAUGCUUGACGAGUUUGAAAAACAAGCGAAUACGUUGAAAGAGAUGGAGGAAGAAGUGAAGCGUUACAAAUCAGAGGGGAAAGUCGAAGCGGCCCUAAGGCUCCAUGAGCAGAUGGUUCUUCUUAAGGCUCAUUUCAUGAAAGUAAUGGAUAGAUUCGAAGACUGGAGAAGCGCCAAUAAUGUUGAACCGAGAUUGUGUCGAGCUUUGAGGGAACUCAGAGGCGUCGAAGAUGCCUGCUGCCUUCUAGAUCUGGCUUCAGACGAGCCUGAAGCAAUCCAGGGACAAUUAAAUCACUGCAUGAGAUUCUAUCAGAUGUUAAGUGACUUGAAAGCUGAAGUUGAAAAUAUCAUUAAGUCAGGAAGGAAGAUGGUUGAAGACAAUGUGAUAGUAGACGCUGAACAGUAUACAAUUCGGCUUGACACAUUAAAACAGCUCUACAAUAAGUUAGGAGAGGAAAUCACAUCGUCCAAAGCUAUGUUGGAAAACGCUUUAGAAGUAUCACAGAACUUACAGUCGAAUUUGACAAAUUUGAACUCUUGGUCGCAAGCUAUCAACAAUGAUUUGGAACAGAUUGAAGCCACACCUUCAAAUGACCGAGAUAUCUCGGCUGAAAUCACAUUUGUCAAAGAAACUUUAGAUGAGUGGAAGAAACAACAAAUAACAAAAGAUAAGAUUAAUGAUGGUUAUAAAAAGUUCUUGACGCUCUGCGAUGUUACUUAUCUGGAAACUUUAAAGGAUAGAGUGUCCGAGUGUGUAAAUAAAUUUGAAAACGUAUCCAAACGGCUUGAACUCAUGUUAGGACAGUUGGAGGGUAUUGAGAAAUCUAAAGUUGCCAAGAUUGAAGAAAAAAGGUCGACUGAGAGCGACAUGAAAGAAAUACCGACGAUAUCAGUGACAGAGGUCGAACAGAAUGAAGUCCACGAGAACAAGAAUUCUGGGCUUUCAAAACACGAAAAGGAAAAGGUCUCCAAGGCGCCAAAAUCGACAGCGAACCGUGGGAGUGUUUACGAAAAUGUUGAUUAUAUUGAAACAAUCCCUGAAGAGAUGGAGACAGAAACGUUCAAUUUGGCCAAGGAGAGUACACUGUUUUCUCAAGUAUCCGACAACACAUUAAACGAGUCGAAUGUGUCUUCUGAAAAAAUUUUAGAUUCUGAAAACAAAAGUUGUCAGAUGGUCGAAGUGAAAGAGAUGGAAAUUAAAAAAUCAAUCCUGACAUCGAUAGAGCCUAUGGAGCAUUCUAUAGGCGGCCCUGAAUCUGUGGAAAUCGUUGAAAUUUUCGAUUCCGGAGCAGAAGAUUCAGAUGUAGAUCAGAAAGACGAGAGAUCACCUAGAACGGUGAGAAGAGUCGUGUCGUCGAAGAACAAACAAUUCUUGCCAUCUGAAGAAGUUUUGUCCAAGCGUCAGAAAGUAGAAACAGACAAUUCAAAAGACACUCAAGAAAAACUGCCUGAGUCUCCGGCGCCAAAGCAGGACAUGGAAAUACCACCAGUCUGCCUCAAAAUAUCAGAUCGAAUGGCUCAUAUGCAAUGGACAACAGUUUCGACCAUUGCCGAUCAGAGGAAAGACGAAAAUCUCCCUGAAGUUACUUUAAGCAAGGAAGUACAAGUUUCAAAAACGUAUGAGAUAAUCGGAAACUUUUCAAAAAACGAUGCACCAUCGAGCCCAAUAGAAGACAACGACAGCUUUUAUGGAAGUGACAAAGAAACUGAUGAUGUUGUAGUGUUUUCCGAAGACGAGACUAGAAAUGAAGAUACAAGUUCUGACACAAACGAAGAUGACAUGAGUAAUGACAGUCCGAAGGGGAAGACCUCCGUGAUGUACGACAACGGAUUCGACCCGAUGUCUGCGACCCGGACUGUUGACAAUUUUGCCGACUCCCCCUCGCUCCCUCUCGACCAGGAAGUCGCCGAAUAUGAAGAGGCUGCUUCCGAAAUGCUAGAAAGGAUGGAAGGAACUUUAGGAGUCGUUAAACUAGUCACGAACGAAAAGGAUCCUGGUAGACGUUUAGAGGUGUUAGAAAGAGAAAUAAGUCAGAUCGCUCCCGACGCGGCCACUUUAAUAAGCAGAGGCGAUGGGCUUAUACUUCGUGUCCAUUGCUCUUGCCCUGAAAAAGCCAUGCUGCUUACAUCAUCCUGUCAGAACAAACUUAGAGCUAAAUGGGCCCAGGUCAUGCAGCAAACAGAGGCUCACAAAGUUGACGCACAGAGAGCAGAAUAUUUGUUAACAGAAUAUCACAAUUUAAUAUGUAAGAUUAAUACUAAAAUUACUAACAUAAACAGCAAAUUAGAACAAGCUAACACUGAUGAAGCCAAACUGCAGUCUGUUAUGUCUGAAUAUGGCGCUUGUGAGGAGUCGGUUUCUCGCCUUUUUGACAUAACAGGAGAACUGGCCAAUCUCAGGGUAAUGACGGACAGCAGAGAGCUUCCAGCAGCCUGGAAAUCGCUCAGCAAUAAGUUAAACUCGCUCAAAGCGAAUCCAAAGCUCACAGAGAAGAACGCGGAUAAGGUCGGCGAUUUUAAACAGGACAUGAUGGAUUCCCCGGCUGAUUAUGUCGCACAUGUGAACAAAGUUCGCGAUUCUAUUUCGUCCAUCGCGAGGAAACUUAAACAGCCUCCUCUCUCGACAGAUUUCGAUCCGUUCGACCUCCAAGAAGAUGCUCUGAAAGAUAUCCAUGAGAAAUUAUCCAAAUUGAAACUCGACGCCGAUAAGAUUGAUCAGAAGAGGAAUAAAAUUUUGCGCAAGGUACACGGAGAAGGAAGGGAAAACGUCGUCAAAGCUGUUGACAGGUUGAAGCAGGAAUGGGACUCGGCCAAUACGAAUUUAACAGACCGUUGGAGCCAUUUGACAAAAUGCAAAGAACAGUGGGAAUCUCUGAGAAAAAAUUGUGAAAAGUUCAGCAAUUGGCUGUCGAGUAUGGAAGAGUCGACGAGAGAUUUGGACCCGAACAAAUAUUCAAUAGUGGAAGUCAAAGCUAAAAUGAGAGACCUUGAGAAACAAGCAACUACAAAAACAGGUGUGGUCAACAGUAUAGCAGGAGCUGGCCGAGAUAUGGUCGCGUUGGGCGGUUCUCAGGCGAUGGAGAUGUGGCAGACUGUCGAAUCUCUCCGUCACAGAUGGAACCACCUUCUCACGAAUUUUAAAACGACACGCGAGCUACUCACCCAUCUGCAAAGUGGGAAGCAGACUAGAGGCCUUGUUGACUCGACCAUGGCUACACUCGAAGAGGUGACGUCUCUUUUGAGCUCUCCUUCUAAUCCGUCCGACGAAGCUGCUCUCUCAGUCAGGAUCAAUUUGGUCAAAACUUUGCAAGAAGAACUCGAGAAGAAGAAGAAAGAACUCGAAAAUUUCGAAUCGAACGGGCAGGCGGAGAAAAUCAAACAGAUUAUUUUAGAGAUAAACAAGGCCCAAGAUCUUCUCUCCGAGCACAAAGACUAUCUCAAUGCAAAAUUGACAUCCCUGAAAAGACUUCUUGCCCAAUUGGACUGUGUAGCGACAUGGACCAGCGAGGUCAGAACGAGGGUCAACAUCUGUCAGGAAUUGACACCAACCGAGAAAUCCAAAAUCCUCAACAACAUUAUGUCAAGCCUUUCCGAUAGGUUUAUCGAAGUGAAAGAGCUGAAGGAGAACUUCAACAAUCUGGACAAGGAAUGCGGAGGCGACAUGCCCGGCGAAUUACGAGAACAAAUCCGGAAGCUGUCCGAAAAUUGGAACUAUUUGAAAAGCUUGAGCGAGUCCUCCUCCCAGCCGCAACAAUCCCCUUCACCGGCCAAGUCCGGCCCUCAAUCUUUCGAAAAAGUCACUACCACCAGCCAAUUAUUGAAAUCUUCUCCUGCCUCUGGGAAAAAGGCGUCAGACCUCAUCGACCAACAGAAGUCACCUGCAGUUCAGGCAAAAACCUCUGGGAAAAAGCCGUCAGACCUCAUCGACCAGCAGAAGUCACCUGUAGUACAGCAAAAAGGUACCUUUGCUGUCGGCGGGGAUGUGAAAGGGGGCAGAGCUAGCCCUAGGCUUCUGCCCCCGGCGUUUUCAAGUCCUAGAACAACCCUUCUAGCAAGCCUCGACAAGUCGAUUCUACAGAUUCGCGAUUGGCUGACUUUGGACCAAGAAAUGCUCAGGCAACAGUCUGUCGUCGUCGGCAGUGUCCAGGACAUCAUCGCUGUCCUGGAUAAGCAGAAGAAUGUCCUGCGCGAGUUGGAACAGAAGAAGCCCCAGCUUGACGAAUUGGUGCACACGGCGGAAAACCUGAAAGCGGAUUUCAACAGGCAGCAAGUCCACGGGAAAGAGAGGCGGCCAAGUUGCAGCUCGUUGUUCUACCACGUUUUGGAAGUAGUAAAAGCUGAUAGCCUACCAGUCGACGAUAGAACUUUGAUCGACAUUCAACAGAAAAGAGCUUACAGACACGGGCUGAAUCUCUACGGUGAAAUGAGCAACAGAGUUAGCAAAUUGAGAGAACAUUGGGAUGAGACGAACAGCAAGGUCAUGCAGAGGAAAACGGAGCUGGACGCCAUGCUCACCGACAGUCAACGUUACGAGGCGAAAAGGCAGGAAGUCGACACGUGGAUCACCAGAAUGGAGGCACGUCUCGCGAGGAUGGCCAACGUCGGCCACACGGCAGACGUUUUGGAAGCUCAAAUGCGAGAACAAAAGUCGUUCCAUGCCGAAUUACACCAGUAUAAACACCACAUCGAUCUUUUUAACCAGCUCACACAAAAACUGAUCGCAGUUUAUCAGCAAGACGACACGACAAAAGUGAAGAAAACAACGGAAACAAUCAACCAACGCUACAACGAUUUGAACACGAGUAUCAUCAAUCGCGGAAAAGGGUUGCAUUCCGCCAUCAACUCACUGCACAACUUCGACCGGUCUUUGGAGAAUUUCCUCGCCUGGCUCAGCGAAGUAGAAUCGGGCCUGGAAGCGCUGGAAGCAGAUGCUGACCGAGAAGCUAAACCGCUGAGAGAAUUAAAGGUGAGUCUGACAGCAAGUGAAUUUAAGAACAAAAUGUAUAAGGAUGUCCAGAGCGAGAUCGAGAGCCACAAAGAGGUGUUCAGCUCACUCAAUGGAACCGGAAGAAAACUCCUGGGCAGCUUGACGUCCCAGGACGACGCCGUCAUGCUCCAGAGGCGUUUGGACGAGAUGAACCAAAGGUGGAACCACCUGAAGAACAAGUCCAUGGCCAUCAGGAACCGCCUGGAGAGCAAUACGGAACAUUGGAACGCUCUUCUACUCUCGUUGAGAGAACUGAUCGAAUGGGUGAUAAGGAAGGAUACAGAGCUGUCAAGUCUGACUACGAUACAAGCUGACACCAAUUCUCUCAUCAAACAACAAGACGAUCACAGGGCGUUCAGACGGCAGCUGGAAGACAAAAGGCCGGUUGUGGAGAGCAACCUGCUUUCUGGACGGCAGUACAUCGCCAACGAACCUCCACUUUCGGACACUAGCGACAGCGAAGUCGGAGGUGGUGACGAUUCACGUGGGUACAGGACGGCUGAACAGCAGGCUCGAGAGCUGACACGCUGUAUAAGAAGGGAAGUGAAUAAAUUGUCAGAAAAAUGGAACGCCCUCAUCGACAGAUCUGCUAGAUGGCAUGACACCCUCGAUGACACACUGACCAGAAUGCGGCUGUUCGAGAAAUGUCUGGAAGACGCGAGCGGACGCCUGGCCGCGUCUGAAACGGCUUGCGCGUCCUGGCAGCCGACCACGGAUCCAGCACAAGCGCCCGCACAACUCGACAACCUCCAGAAAUUCGGCGAACGCCUCGGACCUUUGACUCGUUCCAUCGAAGACAUGAACGACCACGUCGCCGCGUUCAGAUCCAGCGGUGUCAACGUCUCGCCCGCUCUGCUCGCCCGCGUCGACGACCUCAACGCGAGGUGGCGAGCGAUCCAAAUGACGGUAGACGACAGGUUUAAGGCGUUGAGAGGUCUCACAUCAGGCGGAGCACCACCGAAUCACAGCUUUCUGUCUGCGUCUGUUGAUCAUCCGUGGGAGAGAGCGACGACACCCAGCAAAGUGCCUUACUACAUCAAUCACCAGUUGGAAACAACACACUGGGACCACCCUAAAAUGUCUGAGCUUAUGAAUUCACUCUCGGAAUUGAAUGAAGUCCGCUUCUCCGCUUAUAGGACUGCCUUGAAGCUCAGAACCGUUCAAAAAAGGAUGUGCUUGGAUCUUGUAACUGUUAACCAAGCGAUUGAUGCAUUUGAUAGUCACGGUCUUAGGGCACAAAACGAUAAAGUUCUAGAUGUAACAGACAUGAUUAGCGUCUUAAAUACUAUCUAUGACCAAAUAGCUGCAGAAAAUCCAUCACGUGUCGACGUACCUUUAUGCUUGGACUUGGCUGUCAAUUGGCUAUUAAAUGUUUACGACAGUCAACGAACAGGUCAAGUUAGAGUACUUUCUUUUAAAGUUGGAAUUGUAUUAUUAUGUAAGGGGCAUUUAGAACAAAAAUAUAGGUAUUUAUUUAGACUUAUGGCAGAUCCGAGUAGGUUAGUUGAUCAGAGGAAAUUAGGACUUCUUCUUCAUGACUGCAUACAGAUACCGCGACAGCUGGGCGAAGUCGCUUCCUUCGGUGGGUCCAACAUUGAGCCUUCGGUCAGGAGUUGUUUUGAACAGGCUGGUAACAACACCACGACCAUCGAAGCGGUUCAGUUCCUCAGUUGGCUCGAACGGGAACCACAAAGCAUGGUCUGGCUUCCUGUUUUGCAUAGAGUAGCAGCUAGUGAACAGGCCAAACAUCAAGCCAAGUGCAACAUUUGCAAGCAGUAUCCGAUAAUUGGUUUUAGGUAUCGCUGCUUGAAAUGUUUCAAUUUUGAUAUGUGUCAAAGUUGCUUCUUUUCCGGCCGCAAAGCGAAGAGUCAUAAAUUGACCCACCCAAUGCAGGAGUAUUGUACAGCUACAACAUCAGGAGAAGACGUACGAGAUUUCACAAGAGCUCUUAGGAACAAGUUCAAAUCGAAAAGGUACUGGGCUAAACACCCAAGAGUCGGAUAUUUGCCGGUUCAGACCGUACUGGAAGGGGAUCCUCUCGCUGCGCCGCCUACGCCGCCUCAUCCCGGCCCAGCGAACAAUGCACAGCACGAUGUUCAUUCAACUUUGGAAAUGUACGCCUCGAGGCUUGCCGAGGUUGAAUUGCGUACAAGGACCAAUUCCACACCUGACUCUGAGUCUUACAGGGAAGAUGAACACCAGUUAAUAGCGCAAUAUUGUCAUUCUUUGAAUGGUGGUGAGCCUGGUAGCAUACCGCGAAGCCCUGUGCAAGUCAUGGCUGCCAUCGACGCCGAUCAAAGACACGAAUUAGAAGCUAUGAUAAGGGAGUUAGAAGAGGAAAACGCAGGCCUUCAGGCAGAAUGGGAGCGACUAAGAGGCAAAUCAGGUGGACUAGGCAACGGAAGUACAGCCAACGACAUGAUAGGAGAAGAGGUUGACAUGGUAGCAGAGGCGAAACUUCUCAGGCAGCAUAAAGGAAGGCUCGAAGCACGAAUGCAAAUUCUCGAAGAUCACAAUCGCCAGUUAGAAGCCCAAUUGCAACGGCUGAGACAUCUAUUACACGAGCCUGGAGGUAAAUCAGGGACAGGAACCCUUCAAACUCGCUCGGUCACGGCGUCCCAAUUAGCACAAGAUUCUCCAGCGAAACAAAUCGAACAAGCUGGAGUACGCUGGGAGAGGCCGCCUCCUCCAGCGAUGUCUGUCUCCCACAACUUAUCAAGUCUUCAUCAUAUAGCAGGUGACUUGGGCAAAGCUGUUAGUGAACUUGUGUCUGCAAUGACAGAGGAAACAACAUAAACAAUAAUUAUAAUUUUAAAAAACAUAUCUCCUAACCCUUAUCAUCAAUGUAAAUAUACAUAUCACAAUGUCGACAUAAAUAAUUUAAAAAUUAACGGUUUCUCUGUAACAGCUCAUAUCAUUAAAAAAUUAUAUAUAUCUUCCCCCUUUCAUAUCAUUUGUUACACAUUCCAGGUUGUAGUAAUUGUAAUGGAAAUAUGACAAAAAAGAAAAACCUUUCGCCUAAACGAAACAGCAUUCUUCCCUUUAAUCAUAUCAUGUAAAAACUAUUGAUAUUAUAAGUAGAUUAAAAUUAUACAUAUAUAAAUAAUGUAUCCGUUUUCAAGAUUGUUUUUGAAGUUUUAGUUACUGUACCGAUUCGAAUUUGGAAUCAAAUUUUUGUGUUAUGUUAUGUUAAAAAAAAUUAUAUAUGUAUUUGUAACA